AUGACUGUCAUUUCUAAUUUGAUGUUGGUAAUUGUUUUACUGUGUGUUGUUUCUUUACACGUUGCCAGCCCUAAACCUCAUUCACGUACCCGAAAGUCUGCUGAUGGAGAAAAAGAAGAUUGUUAUAACAUUACAAAAGACAAAUGGUUGAAUUAUCAGAUUUUGAAACUAAGUGCUGUUGAAACCGAAGAUGGAUGCAAACCAUUAUGUGAGAAGAACAAAUGUGUCAAAUUUUGGACAAACAGAUUUGAUAUUGGUAAUGGCAUAACAUACGGCUGUGUUCUGCAACUAAAACCAAGUAUCUUUGUGGCAGAAGAUAUGAACGUGGAGGAGUGUAAAAAGAAAUGUGCGGCGAUGAAGGAAUGUAAAACACUUAUGAAUAAUAGAAGGUCCUGUUAUUUGUAUGACAUUGAAUACAGUAAUAUACCUGCUGAUAAAUUUAGCCAGAAAACUGAUUGGAUAGUAGCACAGAAAACUUGUUAG